CCCUCCGCCUGCCGCCCUUUUGUCCUCUUCUCCUUCCCCUUUUUCCUCUCGCGACUCGCCCGCACACCACCUUCUCCUUCUCUCUCUCUCUCUCUCUCUCUCUCUCUUUACUCUGUGUGCUGUGCUCGUGCUUAGGCGAGCGGAUUGACCAUCUGGGAUCGCUCGGUCGGGUCUCUCCUCGCUUGGUCCCUGCCUUCCCCUGAGCUGCGAUCAUGGCUUCUCCGAUCGAGGAAGGAGCUGAGAGGGACUUAGAGAAGGGACUAGCGUCGGUGGAAACUAGCAAAAUUGCCACUGCAGAACCCUCGCCGUCUCCAUCACCAUCGUCAGCAUCAACUGGCCCUGCCCUUGUGUUAUCCAACUCCGGAAAGCGAAUCGAUCAGGCUGGGAAGAAAAAGUAUGUAAAACAGGUUACGGGCCGCCACAAUGACACCGAGCUCCACUUGGCUGCCCAGCGGGGUGAUCUGGCUGCCGUGAAACAGAUUCUUGAUGAUAUCAACUCGCAGAUGGUCGGGACUUUGAGUGGCACAGAUUUUGAUGCAGAGGUUGCGGAGGUGAGGGCUGCAGUGGUCAAUGAAAUAAAUGAAUUGGGAGAGACAGCUUUGUAUACUGCUGCGGAGAAAGGGCACCUUGAUGUGGUCAAGGAGUUGUUGAAGUAUUCGAAUAAGGAUUGUGUUAUGAAGAAGAAUAGGUCUGGGUUUGACGCGUUGCAUACAGCUGCGAGUCAAGGGCACCAUGCCAUUGUGCAAGUGCUUUUGGAUCAUGACCCUGGAUUAAGCAAGACACUUGGCCCCUCUAAUUCAACACCUUUGAGUUCUGCUGCUACAAGGGGACAUACAGCAGUUGUGAACGAACUUCUUGCAAAAGAUUGCAGCUUGAUAGAGAAUACUAGAACGAACGGGAAAAAUGCGCUACAUUUAGCUGCUCGGCAGGGUCAUGUUGAUAUUGUGAAAGCUUUACUGGACAAAGAUCCCCAGUUGGCACGGAGGACAGACAAGAAAGGGCAGACUGCACUGCACAUGGCUGUGAAAGGUCAAAGCUCUGAGGUCGUGAGAUUACUUCUCGAGGCAGAUGCUGCUAUAGUGAUGCUUCCCGAUAAAUUUGGCAACACUGCGUUGCAUGUGGCAACCAGGAAAAAGAGAGCAGAGAUUGUGAAUGAGUUAUUGAUGCUUCCAGAUACAAACGUCAAUGCACUGACUAGAGACCACAAAACACCUCUAGAUAUAGCUGAAGGACUUCCCCUGUCUGAAGAUUCCUCUGAGAUUAGAGAUUGCCUUAGACAUCGUGGUGCGCUUAGAGCUAAUGAGUUAAACCAACCAAGAGACGAAUUGAGGAAAACUGUGACCGAAAUCAAGAAAGAUGUCCACACACAGCUCGAGCAAACCAAAAGAACCAAUAAAAAUGUUCAUAACAUAUCUAAAGAGCUCAGGAAGCUCCAUCGUGAGGGGAUCAACAAUGCCACCAACUCUGUGACUGUGGUGGCUGUGCUAUUUGCAACAGUUGCCUUUGCAGCUAUAUUUACGGUUCCUGGUGGAGACGAUGAUAAUGGGAUGGCUGUGGUGGUGUCCACCAUGUCUUUCAAAAUAUUCUUCAUUUUCAAUGCCAUUGCCCUGUUUACCUCUUUGGCUGUUGUCGUGGUCCAAAUAACUUUGGUCAGGGGUGAAACGAAAGCAGAGAGGCGAGUUGUAGAAGUUAUUAACAAGUUGAUGUGGUUGGCUUCUGUGUGCACUUCAGUAGGUUUUAUGGCCGCAUCGUACAUAGUUGUUGGUAGGCGGCACGCUUGGGCUGCAGACCUUGUUACAGCUGUUGGGGGAGUGAUUAUGGCUGGGGUGCUCGGUACGAUGACAUACUAUGUCGUGAAGUCAAAGAGGAGCAGAUCGCUGAGGAAGAAGGGGAAGUCUGCCAGGAGAAGUGGGUCCAAUUCGUUGCUUCCGUCCGACUACUCUAACUCAGAGGUUGAUAGAAUAUAUGCUCUUUAGACAGGACUGUGCACUGCUUGGUGGCUUUGUAGUGUUGGGAGCAACCAAAAUGAACGUGAGAAAGUCAUCGAAAGUGAGAUCUGUGCAGCAUGCUCCCUUAAUGUAUAUGGCAGGGAUGAGGACUUCAGAGAUUGAUCUCCAUAACAUCGGAUCGUUCAGUCGUUGAAUGUUGAAGUUGGGCAUGCUUUCUUAUCUAGUAAGUGGUAAAAAAAAGGUGAAAAAAAAGUGACGGGUCUGGCACCUAUCAGAACCUGCCUCUCAGGCAAAGACACUGCAAGAUCUAGUGCAGCAGAAGCACAAAUUUUGCUGGGCUUUCCCUUAUCAGCUAAUGUCAUUUGACUGCAGGACUAAUUAUUUCACCUCUCGAGUUUGUGGUCAUUGUUUGGCCGGAUAUUGAUCUUUAUCAAGCAUUUGAAUCCAUCAAUAUCUCUGCCUGUUUCCUUUUCUUCUCUUCUGAAUUUUUUUUUUGGUCAGAUUCUCUUCUUAAAUUAUGUGGUGGGUUCUGUUGUAUUGUUUCAGCCCUACCACAUGAGAAAUGGGAUCAACUUUGUUACUCGUGAUCGUGGUUGUGAGACCAAAACUGCAAUGCACACGAGAUGGAUAUUUUCAUAUGUACGUAAGCUGUAAAGUAUGCAUGAUACUUUGUAGCUGUUGCGACAUGAAUAGUCAACUAGUCUUACUUUGGUUGGAAUAACAUUGUUUUCUGACUUCAUCGACAA